GGCUCUUCCCGCGGCGCGGCAGCCCCGAGGAGGCCGGCCGCUACCUGGAGACCUACAAGGCCUACGAGCAGAAGCCGGCCGAGCUCCUCAUGGAGAAGGUGGAGCGGGAUUUCCUCUCCCGGGUCACCGACUGCUUGACCAGCGUCAAGUCGGUCAACAAGACGGACACGAGCAGCCUCCUGGCCACCUUCGGCUCCCUGGCUGCCAUGGCCAGAGCCUCCAAGGAGGAUCUGUCCCUGUGUCCCGGCGUGGGGCCGCAGAAGGCCAAGAGGCUCUUCGACGUCCUGCACGAGCCCUUCCGGAAGGCGCCCAAGUGACGGGAGCUGCCGGGCGCCGGUGAAUCCCGCUUUUAUUUUCAUAAUAAACGGCAUCAAACAGA